UCUGCAUCUUAUUUUACGCUGGACUUCACUUCUUCCCUUAAUAAAAUUGAAACAUAUAAACAACCCGAAUUUCGUUCUGUUGAAAAUUUUAAGCGUUGUUUACCUCAACUAAAGACGAGCAUUCGAACAAAUGGCAACAGUGUCGGCCUGAAACAGUUUGUUGAGUUUUCUUCACAAAAUCUGUCAAAAACCUCUUUCGGUCACUCUCCACUGGAUAUUAUCAUAAUUUCCAACCGAUGUGUUCAAGAUUUUUCUAGUCAGCGAUUCGAUCUCUCCUUGGGCCAUAAAGUCAGUUACAUGUAUGUCAAGGACGAAGACACCAGCCUUAAGAGAAAGCAUGAAGAAAUGCACGAAGAGAUUUUUUCUGCACAGUGUUCUCAAAAUUUUAGUCAGUGCUCCAACUGGGUUAUUUACAAUUUUCAAGCAAAGGGAGAUUUGCAGUUCCAUUAUAAUUUAAUCAAACGUUUCAUUGUUAGUCUUAAUUUAAACUGCCCUUCUGCUUUAGUUUUCGGUAGUUAUUCUGCUGAAAUUUCUCUUUUUCCAAGAGCUAUACAAGUUAAUUCCUCGGGCAAGAAGCAAAUCUUUUUUAAAAAACUUAGUAUCUGCGGCUUCCUUAAGCGGGAUGAAGUGGGCCUCUUUCCUUUCAUAAGCCGCCACGCAAUUAAAUUUAAAGGACCAAAAGAUGGUCCUUUGGAAGUCUCGCUCUGCUUGGGUUUAUCAAAUUCUAAUUAUGUUGCGGUUGUUCAGUGCAGUUCGGACUGGUUUGGCUUCAUUUUGCCAGUAACCUUGGAAUCUCAGCGCACUGUGUUAGUAUUGCAUCUACUUGAGUUUGGCACUGAACUCGAGUGGUUGGGCACUUUUGAAAAUUUAACUCACGUUGAAAAUAGCAAAGAAGUCAUCUUUCGACCAAAAAAACCAUCUACCUCAAGUCGUGAUUUCAAAUCCAUUUACAACGGAGUUUAUUUUUCUGAUGACGUACUGAGCGAAUUGUCGAAAUGUCUAAGGUACUUGCACAGACUUCCAGCAAAGCUUGUGCAGUUUUAUUCCGCAGUUGACAAAUUCUUAAUUAUUGCCAAAACUUACAAACACUACUACUUAAUUGAGAAAUUUAUAAGCUUAUUAGAUCAACAUUUGAGAGAGAGCCGUGCAACUGGUGAGGCUAGAGAAGUUAUAAUAAGCGUUUCUACUAGAUUAACGCAUGAGCUUGAAACUACAUCACAUUUUACUUGAAACUUUUAUUCAUAAUUUUUAAUUAUUUUUAUCCGUGGUUUGUAAGAAGGUUAUU